UUGCCGGCAGUAGCAGCAGCAGGAGCAGGAGGCGUCCGUGGAGGUGGCGGCGAAGCCGGGCUGCCUCUGAUAAAGGAAAAAUGGCUUUCAGCAAAGGAUAUCGGGUCUACCACAAACUGGAUCCACCUCCAUUCAGUGUGAUAGUGGAAACCAGAAAUAAGGAAGAGUGCCUCCUGUUUGAGUCUGGAGCUGUGGCUGUCCUCUCAUCUGCAGAGAAAGAGGCAAUCAAGAGCACGUACUCCAAAGUAAUGGAUGCAUAUGGACUUUUAGGUGUAUUAAGGUUAAAUCUGGGAGACACUUUGUUACGUUAUCUGGUUCUAGUCACAGGAUGUAUGUCUGUGGGAAAGAUUCAAGAAUCUGAAGUUUUUCGGGUUACUUCCACUGAAUUCAUAUCAUUACGAAGUGACCCUUCAGAUGAAGAUCGUGUUUCAGAAGUGCGCAAAGUUUUGAACUCAGGAAAUUUCUAUUUUGCAUGGUCUGCUACUGGGGUCAGUUUAGAUCUUAGUCUUAAUGCUCACCGUAGCAUGCAAGAACACACCACUGACAACAGAUUUUUCUGGAACCAAUCACUGCAUUUGCAUCUUAAACACUAUGGUGUGAACUGUGAUGACUGGUUAUUGCGUCUCAUGUGCGGAGGAGUAGAGAUUAGAACAAUUUAUGCAGCUCACAAACAGGCAAAGGCUUGCCUCAUUUCACGACUAAGCUGUGAACGAGCUGGAACCAGGUUUAACGUACGGGGAACGAAUGAUGAUGGUCAUGUUGCUAAUUUUGUUGAAACAGAACAGGUGAUAUUCCUAGAUGACUGUGUCUCUUCCUUCAUACAAAUUCGUGGAUCUGUUCCAUUAUUUUGGGAGCAACCUGGUCUGCAGGUGGGAUCCCAUCGUGUCAGAAUGUCAAGGGGAUUUGAAGCAAAUGCACCAGCUUUUGACAGGCAUUUCCAAACACUUAAAAAUGUAUAUGGCAAGCAAAUUAUUGUAAAUUUACUUGGGGCAAAAGAAGGGGAGCACAUGCUUAGCAAAGCCUUCCAGAGCCACUUGAAAGCCUCUGAACAUGCUAUUGAUAUCAAAAUGGUGAACUUUGACUAUCAUCAAAUGGUUAAAGGCGGAAAGGCAGAAAAACUACACAGCGUGCUUAAACCUCAAGUCCAAAAAUUCUUAGAAUGUGGAUUUUUUUAUUUCGAUGGAAAGGAAGUUCAAAGGUAUCAAAGUGGUACUGUCAGGACAAACUGCUUGGACUGUCUGGAUAGAACAAACAGUGUGCAGGCUUUCUUUGGCUUAGAGAUGCUAACAAAGCAACUGGAGGUUUUAGGUUUAGCUGAGAAGCCUCAGUUGGUUACUCGCUUCCAGGAAGUUUUCCGGUCCAUGUGGUCAUUGAAUGGUGAUUCUGUCAGUAAAAUAUAUGCAGGAACAGGAGCUCUUGAAGGAAAGGCUAAGGCUGGAAAGCUGAAGGAUGGUGCUCGUUCUGUGACCAGAACAAUUCAGAAUAACUUUUUUGAUAGUUCCAAGCAGGAGGCCAUUGAUGUUUUGUUAUUGGGGAAUACCCUAAAUAGUGAUUUAGCAGAUAAAGCACGGGCUCUCUUAACCACCAGCAGUUUACGCGUUUCAGAGCAGUCAUUGCAAUCAGCAUCUGUAAAAACUCUAAAGGGUAUGUGUGAAAAUUUUUAUAAGUAUUCAAAGCCAAAAAAAAUUCGAGUAUGUGUUGGAACAUGGAAUGUCAAUGGUGGGAAGCAAUUUCGAAGCAUUGCAUUUAAAAAUCAAACACUCACUGACUGGCUUUUAGAUGCACCAAAGUUAGCUGGUAUCCAUGAAUUCCAAGAUCAAAGAAGCAAACCUAUUGACAUAUUUGCCAUUGGAUUUGAAGAAAUGGUUGAGUUAAAUGCAGGAAACAUUGUGAAUGCAAGCACAACCAAUCAGAAACUGUGGGCUGCUGAACUGCAAAAGACCAUCUCAAGAGAUUGCAAAUAUGUGCUGCUGGCUUCUGAGCAAUUGGUGGGCGUCUGUCUCUUUGUAUUCAUCAGACCGCAGCAUGCUCCUUUUAUCAGGGAUGUUGCUGUUGAUACUGUAAAGACUGGUAUGGGAGGAGCUACUGGUAAUAAAGGUGCAGUAGCAAUUCGAAUGUUGUUUCAUACGUCCAGUCUUUGCUUUGUCUGUAGUCACUUUGCUGCAGGGCAAUCACAAGUCAAAGAGAGAAACGAAGACUACAUAGAAAUAGCCCGAAAACUCAGUUUCCCAAUGGGGAGGCUCCUCUUUUCCCAUGACUAUAUAUUUUGGUGCGGUGAUUUUAAUUAUCGCAUAGAUCUUCCUAAUGAGGAAGUGAAGGAGUUAAUUCGCCAGCAGAAUUGGGAUUCCCUUAUUGCAGGAGAUCAACUUGUCAACCAGAAAAAUGCUGGACAGAUCUUUAGGGGAUUUUUAGAGGGAAAGAUAACUUUUGCACCUACAUACAAAUAUGACUUGUUUUCUGAUGACUAUGACACCAGUGAAAAAUGUCGCACGCCAGCAUGGACAGAUCGUAUUCUUUGGAGAAGAAGAAAAUGGCCAUUUGACCGAUCAGCUGAAGACCUGGAUCUUCUGAAUGCUAGUUUUCAGGAUGAGAGUAAUAUCCUUUACACAUGGAAUCCUGGUACUUUGUUGCACUAUGGAAGAGCAGAGCUGAAAACAUCUGAUCAUAGGCCUGUUGUUGCAUUGAUUGACAUAGAUAUAUUUGAAGUUGAGGCAGAAGAGAGACAGAAAAUUUAUAAGGAGGUGAUUGCUGUGCAGGGACCACCUGAUGGUACUGUAAUGGUCUCCAUCCAAAGCUCUUCACCAGAAGAAAACUAUUUUGAUAACUUGAUUGAUGAACUUCUUCAGAAGUUUGCAGCCUAUGGUGAAGUUAUACUUAUAAGGUUUGUAGAAGACAAAAUGUGGGUAACAUUUUUGGAAGGAAGCUCUGCUUUGAGUGCUCUGAACCUGAAUGGUAUUGAGCUUUUAGGAAAGAUCAUAAACAUUAACUUGAAAAACUCAGACUGGAUCAGAAGUUUGGAAGAGGAGAUGAAUCUAGAGAAGAUGGUUGGAUUGCCUUCAUCAACCAGCUCCACUUUGCUUUGUGAAGAUGCUGAAGUUUCUGCAGACUAUGAUAUGGAAGGUGAUAUUGAUGACUAUAGUACUGAAGUGGAAGAGAUUUUUCCUCAACAUCUACAGCCAGGUACAAGUUCUGGUCUUGGAACCUCACCAGGCUCUUCACCUCGUUCCAGUCCCUGCCAAUCACCCACGUUGUCAGAUGGAGCGCUACCCACCCUUCCAGUUAGACCAAGUCGAGCACCUACAAGAACUCCUGGACCACCUAUAUCCUCACAAAAAACUUCAAUGCCACGUGAUAAUGCAACACAACCACAGUGUUCUCCAGUUGAUUUUCAACCAAUUACACAACAGAAAGAGUCUACUCAGAGUUUAGAGCCUAAACGUCUUCCUCCCCCUCGCCCAGUGGCUCCACCUACACGGCCUGCUCCACCACAGAGACCACCCCCACCAUCAGGGGGUAGGAGCCCUGCACCUGCUAGAAAAGAAUUUGGAGGUCUUGGAGCUCCUCCCAGUCCCGGGGUAGCUAGGAGAGAAAUAGAAGUUCAAAAAAGCCCCGGAACACAAAGAAAAGAUAACUUAGUUCGUAGUCAGCCUCCGCCUCCAGCUGGAUUCACAAGCACAGGAACUGCUGGAUAUAGUGCAGCCAGACCGACGGUUCCACCCCGAGCCGGAGUUAUUAGUGCACCACAAAGCCAUGUCCGACCAUCUGUGGGGAGGCCAACACCUGAAACCCAAACCAAGCCAGCUGAACCACCAAGAGGGUCGCCUUUGCUUCCUGAACCGCUAAAACCUCAGGCCGUAGUUCCUCUUCAACCCACCAUUCAGCCACCAUCUGUUCAAAAAAUGCAAGAGCCUCUUAUACCUAUGAUGAUGCAUAUAUCUCAGACAACUCCUCCACAGACUCUGGAAGCACCACCGCAACCACCUCCCCGGAGCAGGUCAUCCCACAGCUUGCCUUCAGAAUCGGUUCCUUCACAACAGCAAAUUAACACAAAUGGAGUCUGUGGCAUUAAACUUGAAACAAAGUUAAACAAUGACCCUUUUGAAGAUCUGUCAUUUAAUCUGCUUGCUGUGUCAAAGGUUCAGACAUCUGUUCGCAUAUCACCUGUUCCAACUUUAAACCAAAAGGAGUUGACUUGGUUGCCUUCUGCAACACAAAGCAAUGUUAAGACUUUGGAUACUGUAAAUUGCGUGCCAGCAAUGCCUCCUAAUCCAGCCUAUAGCAGAUCCCAGGACCAUGUAUGCAGCUUUCCAAAUUCAUUGGCUACCAGACUGAACAGCACAAAUCCUUUCACUGAAAGAACUGUUAAUGCUGGAAACCCAUUUAGAACUGAAACCCAAGAACCUGACGUAACUUCACAGCUUUUAAUAGAAGGACCUGCUGCUUGUAACCCUUUCCCGUCUCUAAAUCCUCCAAAUCCUAGUAAAGGCAAGCCUGUGUUCUCUGUCAGUGCUUUUGAAGACAAGUUUUGUUUGCAAAGUAAAUCUUCAAUAGUGAAAAAUGCAAAACCAAAAGGAUGGGUAACAUUUGAGGAAGAGGAGGAUUCCAGUGUAAAACUAAAGACGUCCUCUGAAUGUGUUACAGAAUUCAAGAGAGCCAGUUCCAGGAAACCUACUGGUUUUCCAGAUUUAGUAGGCACUGAACCAAAUAUAUUUCCUGGCUCAGACUUUACCUUUGAUAAUGACUGGAAUUCUACUGAUUCCUUCUAUACGCUGACAGCAGGAAGACCACCUGCACCUCCUGUACCAUCAAGAAUAACCCAGACCAUAUCCCCUGCAGAUCCUUUUGCUUUGUUGGCACCUAAAGUGUCACCAACACAAGAUUUUACAGAAAGAUAGACAUUCUAAAAUACAAGAGAUCUUAAGUUUGUUGCUAGGUGUAUCCAAAAGAAUAAUUGUGCAUUGAGGUUAUUCUAUGUGCAAUAUUCACUGUCAAAUGCACUGAACCUUAACUUUAUUCAUAGCAACCACUGUUUGUGUACAAAUUUUGAAUAUGUAUAUAUGGUAGUGCACAAAAGAAUUGUCCACAAUUACUAUAAAUUUAGAUGUAGUCAUACUGAAAGGAUUAGUUAAUCCUAAUAGAAUGUAUAAUGCUCUUGGAAAUUAGUUUUUGUUUAUGAAGCACUUUCAUUUCUGUUCUCCUCAGAGGAAUUUCAAAAUGCUCGAGAGACUUCCAGCUGUUAGACCCCUUCAAUCCCUUUUUACUAUUUGGUAACUGAUAUUUAUAAAUAUUUACCAAAGACCAGCCAAAGUUUAAUCAAAAUAUUGAAUGUGGACAGGUACUAUUUAGAAAGUAAUUUAUAACAGAGGUUAUGGAGAUUAGUAAGGCUUAAUUAUAUUUAAGUUUGAGGCACAAAUUAAAAUAGUUACUUUCAAAAUACAGACAAGACCUCAUGUACUAAUAUAAUAAAUAAUAAAUUUAUUGACUUUUGUGUCUAGUAAUUUCCACCAUUUGUUGAUGUAAACUUAGAGUAGCUAUUUAGUAUUCAAUUUCAUUCAUUUAUUCAUCACUCUCUUAAAGGCUUUUUUUUCCCCCAGAAAUUGGAAACUUCUGAUAUUACGAAAGUCUUUCUCUUCAUCCUUGAAAAAUAAAUCACAUUUUUCAUCUUUUGCUUAGAUUUUUAAAAACAGGCUCCCUCAACAGAGAGUGAUGUAUUUCAAUUAGUUUAUCUUUGGCUAUCUCAUUUUUGUGUCCCAGUCAUUCUAGAAGAGUUUCUCCCCUCUGUAAAGAGCUGGAUGAGGAAAUAAGCAAUUAUGCUGUGACUUCAGGAGUGUGUGUUGAGCACCAUUUUGCCCAGUUUCGUCCCUCUCUACUAACUGCUAUAUUUUCAAUACCUUGCUUUCAGCAGAGAAAGCAAGAGAGCAGCAACCCUCUGAGCUGAAGGGUACUGUUCUAUCCGCCUUCUUGCUAAAUCAGCAUUCUUCCCUCCCUCAGAGGUUAUAAACACUACAUUUGUUGUGCUGCUUUGAAGUCAGUGGAGGCUACAUCUUUUUGCAUAGGAUACUGUAAACAUGCAACUGGUCCUGUUUCUAUGGUUGCCUGAAGUUCACAGUAUUUACAUAAAAUAUGGGUAUUUUGGUAUCUUGAAGGAAUUUAAAAUAACAGAUUUCUUUAGCAACACUUACGUAUGCUAAAGAAAUGGUAAUGUUCCUUACCAUCACAGUGUCCUUUAUAACAUGACUUUUAUAUAAAAAAGUUGUGUACAUUAAUCAAAAUUGGAAUGCAUCAAAAUUUGAUUGAAAUGUAUCGGGGGUGAGGCACCAUACACACCUGCACUUACUGGCUUAUUAGCAAACAAAUCAUGCUAUUUUUGUAACAUUUAUAAGUGAAUCAUAGUUUACUAGCAUUACAUUUAUAGCAGCAAAAGAAUAUGACAAUACUACUUCUAAAUUCUCCAAUACAAUCAAAAUUCCAUUCAGAAAUAAUCCACUCUUCCUUUAACAGUAAAAUUAGGAGAUGCUGUUGGAUAGAAGUUACAGUUGUGAGUUUUAUAUUGUGCUUUUCUUCUGUUCAGGCAUUAAAAAGUUCUUGUAAAUUUUAAACACAGUACCUGUGAUAAACUUUGUGCUUCAAUAUGUGAAUUAACUGUGGCUAUUAACAUCUAUGUGAUUGGUGGUUUUGGUAUACAGGCUUACAUUAGAAAAACAAUUUUAUUUUGGAAACUUUGCUUGUGCAAAUUGCAGUUUUGUGAUGAAUAUGUUCCUUGAUGAAUAUUUAAUUACAGUGCUUACAAACUGCUGUCUAAAAUGUACUUAAUAUGCAGCACCUCAACACUUGUAUGGGAUUAAGGAGUUUGACAAAAUACUGCACAAAAAGAUGCUAAAAUAUAUAGUACAAAUAGCUAACCACUGUAAUGUGUAUUACUGGAAAUAAUUACUACCAAAAGGACUAAAAUACUGAGAAGUAAAGUUAGAAAUGCUAAACAUAUUUUCAUGAAUUGUUCCCUGUAGUAAAUUGCUCUGUUAAUGUGUAACAAUUUUAUUGCUUGUGGCACACAAUAUUUAUGACUGCAUACUUUACAAAACUGCAGUAUUAAAACUCAGUGGCAUACUACAUUCUGUAUCUAUCCUGUGAAAUGCAGUGAUGUAUUAUUGAAGUAAAUACACCUGUCUUUAAGG